UGCGUAGCCCGGGCGGCGCGGUUGCUGGUGGCUGCGGGAGUCAAAGUGAAUGGUUCUGCAGAAUCAAGAGACUGCAGAUGCUACAGUCGUGAGCAAAAACAAGCUGCUGGAUGAACUCGGUAUUUGUGAAGAUGGCCACUCUAACACGACAGGACCUCAAUUUUGGACAAGUGGUUGCAGACGUACUCUGUGAGUUUCUAGAAGUGGCUAUUCAUUUGAUUUUGUACGUGAGGGAGGUGUACCCAAUUGGAAUCUUUCAGAAGAGGAAGAAGUACAAUGUACCUGUUCAGAUGUCGUGUCACCCGGAGCUUAACCAGUACAUCCAGGACACGCUGCACUGUAUCAAGCCUUUGAUCGAGAAGAAUGAGGUGGAUCGGGUAGUGGUGGUGAUCCUGGAUAAAGAACAUCAUCCUGUGGAGCGCUUUGUCUUUGAGAUAUCGCAGCCCCCUUUGCUGUCCGUCAGUUCUGACUCGCUGCUGUCCCGCGUUGAGCAACUCCUUCGAGCUUCGAUUCUGAAGAUUAGUGUCUGUGAUGCAAUUCUGGACACCAACCCUCCAGGCUGUACCUUCACCGUGUUGGUUCACACUAGAGAUGUUGCCACUCGAAACAUGGAGAAGAUUCAGGUGAUAAAGGACUUCCCUUGGAUUCAUGCAGAUGAACAAGAAGUGAAUAUGCGGGAGCCAAGGCUAAUCCCACUGAAAACCAUGACAUCAGAUAUCUUGAAGAUGCAAUUGUAUGUUGAAGAAAGAGCUCAGAAAAUAUUCUGACUAAAUGCUUAUAAGACCAAGUUGAAUAGACAUCCAAAGGCACUGGAUGUGCUUCAUCACUGAACUGUUUUGUCGCACAGGAAAGAACUUUGAAAAUGUAUGAAAUGUGAAGCAUUAUGUGGAACCAUGUCAUGAAUUGGAAUCUGUGGUUGAGUUUUAACAUUAUUUUGUUGUAAUAAUAGCUUGUUGUUUGACCAUGAGCUGUGCUGUCUACAUUAAGGAUGAGGAGAAAUUGUUGCACAUUGAUGGUUGUAUUUGAGCCAGGGUUAAAAUCUGUCUCUGCCCCUCUCUGUCUCUGUCUCUGUCUCUGCCCUCUCUCUGCCCUCUCUCUGCCCUCUCUCUGCCCUCUCUCUGCUCUCUCUCUGCUCUCUCUCUGCUCUCUCUCUGCUCUCUCUCUGCUCUCUCUCUGCUCUCUCUCUCCCCCCACUCCCUCUCCAGACACACUUGCGAGUUGGGGGCUAUGCGUGAGUGGAUAGGGCGGGGAUGGGGUAAAAGGAGCGAAUGAAUAAUGUUAAUAUAUCAAGGGGGGUGGUUAGUGUCUGUGUUUGUGUGCGCGUGGGGGGGGUGGUGGUUAGAGUGUGUGUGGGGGGGGUGGUUAGCGUGUGUGUGACGCCCCCCCCCCCCCCCCCACUGCAACGGCGCGUUGAGGGGACGGGACCUAACGGGUUCCCCUUGGUCUAGUUACUUUUAAAGGUUUGCUUGGUACACUGUCCAGGAAUGUACUGUGCACUAAUGUGAAAUAUGUGCAAGUUACAAUUUAAAAGCUGUGGAGUUGCUCCAGGAGAUAUGUCAGCUUAUUUUGAAGAAAUAAUCAAGCCUGUUUGUGUGCUUUAAGGAGAGGGAACAGACUGGUUCUAGGGCCUCAAAGAACAACAGUUGUUCCAUUUGCCAAUCAUAGUUGGAAUACACUGGGUGGGGAAAUGUUUUAUAGAAUUUUAGAGACAUUUUUAACACACUUUAAAAUAAAAUAAAAAUUGUGAAAGAAAUAAAGUAGUUAAAGGGAGUUUUUUAAUUUACCAAUCAAAACGUGACAAAUCCUUAAUCUUGCAUACAUCUUGUUAAAUGUUUUGAAGGUCAAAAUACUGAUCACUAAGGAAUACCAUUAUUUAACUUAAUUGACCCUGAGUUGCAACAGUUUAGCUCAACUCGCUGCUUUCUGUCUGAGUCAAUUUUCAUUCAUAUCCCUUAAACUAUGAAUUUUAGUUCUAUUAAUAAUUAGCCUUUUGUUUGAGUCUUUUGUCAAAUAUCUUCCAAAAUGCAUCUGGUAACAUCUUCUGCAUUUCCUUUAAUAAACUCCUUUGUUAAUUAUCAAACCAAUCAGUCAUGUUUGACAUUAAUCCUUCGGUCCUGACUGUCUUCUAUUAACACAAGUGUCUCCAAAGCUGCAUUUUUUCCCCCUAAUUUUAUUUAGAAGCCUCCUCACCAUUUCAAUCAACUGGUCUGUGGUUGCCAUGUAUUGUCUUUGAACAAGAGUGACAUAUUUGACACUCACCAGUUCCCUAGCAAAAUCUUUGUAUCUUGGAUUAAUUAGACGAUUAUGACAAGUCGAUCACUUUCGUUUGGACUGAGGUAUUGGCAGUGUUUAUUUUCCUUAUAAAAAGUUAUUUUCCUUG